AUGGGUGGAAGGUCUCGCUCUCCCAGAAGGUAGUGUCUUUUUAUUCGUUUUAAUGUUUCCAGUGGCCGGAGAAAGUCGCCAGGUCAAAGACUACGGCCAGUGGACUGGAAGAACGAGCGUUUAGUCAAAUUUGAGAAGGAGUUCUAUCGCGAGUCGUCCAGCGUUCGAAAACGCAGUUCAGCUGAGAUUAAACAGUUUCGCAAGGAUUCGAAAAUAACUACUGAGGGAGAAGAUGUUCCAAGGCCAAUAUUUAAGUUCUCGGAGGCCGGGUUUCCGAAGUCAGUCAUGGACGUAAUACGGGAUAAUAAGUGGAAAAACCCAACAGCCAUCCAGGCACAGGGCUGGCCCAUUGCUCUAAGUGGCAAAAAUGUUGUGGGCAUCGCUCAGACGGGUUCUGGGAAGACUGCCGCCUUCCUUCUUCCGGCUAUUGUGCACAUCAAGGCACAGCCGUCUAUGAAGCGGCUCGAUGGCCCCAUAGCCCUGAUUCUCGUGACUACGCGCGAACUGGCGCAGCAAGUCGAGAAGGUUGCCCGUGAGUUUUGUUCGAGUGCUGGCCUGAAAUGUGCCUGCCUGUAUGGCGGCGCCCCCAGAGUGCCUCAACUGAGACAACUAGAACGCUAUCCGGAAGUGGUAAUUGCCACACCAGGCCGUCUUCUGGAUUUCCUGGAAACGAAGGACACCAAUCUGCGUAGAUGCACAUACCUGGUCGUGGAUGAGGCUGACCGCAUGCUCGACAUGGGUUUUGAGCCUUCGCUUCGUCGAAUAAUAUCGCAGGUGCGUCCGGAUAGACAGACCCUCAUGUGGUCUGCUACUUGGCCGAAAGAAGUGCGGUCACUCGCGCGCGAUUUCCUUCAGAAGUUUGUCCAAAUCAACAUUGGAUCACAGGAUCUAUCCGCUAACCACAACAUAAAACAGAUAGUGGAAGUCAUUCCUGAGUCGAAAAAGUACGACCGGCUUGUCCUCCUUCUCAAAGAAUUCGGGAAAGCAAAAUCGAUCAUUUUCGUCGAAACCAGGAAAAAGGCGGACGAACUCUGCUACCGUCUUUACGAUAGAGGAUUUGCUACAGCUGCAAUGCAUGGUAACAAACAGCAACGCGAGCGAGAGGCAGUACUAGACGGUAAGUUAUCUUACACGAAAAUCAUCUUCGUAGAUUUUAGGCGCGGCAAGGUCAAUAUACUUGUGGCAACGGACAUCGCCUCGAGAGGAUUAGGUGGGUCGCCUUAUGACACCGAUUAUCGUUUUUGAUGUGUAUUGCGUAACUGUUCUUGUAACACCUCUUCAAAAUGCUUAAUAGGCGGACCGGACCCCGAGCAGUUCACUCAGAGCGCUCUCGGCGUUCUGUUUCGAAAGUGUUUGCGUGCCGUGUCGCCCAGGCACACGCAUUUUCAAUCCAUGCGCGCAGGGCUUUCCGCCAGUGUCCCUGCCGUUUCUCCUCCCUCGACAGCUUCAUAGCUGCCGCAUGUACCCGGCCUAACCACUGACGUAGCCUCUGCUACGGUGCGCCUCAACUGUUUCUCCUAACCCGGACCCCCUCUGGGUUAGGAGGCCUGUGUAUCGGCCCCGCCAUCUUUCGUUUGGGGGCAGUAUGGAUUCUUUGCAACAGGGGAAGUGGUGUGCACAAUCGAGGUGUUGUUGAACGCCACCCUUGUGCUGAGGUCUGAUGCCGACUUUCGUCGGUAUCUUGGGCGAACAAUCCACCCGCUUUAAUGUGUGCCCUGCGCACGGUAAUUUUUCAGCAUCGUUUAUAUGCUCUGAUUGAGUCACAGUGUUUUCUUUUUGAUGUUGUUAGCCUUGACACCGAUGCUUUGUUCCCACAGAUAUUCAGGACAUAGGUUACAUAGUCAAUUACGAUUACCCGACACAUGCCGAAGACUACGUUCACAGAAUUGGGAGAACUGGACGAUGUCACAAUAAAGGAACUGCCUAUACUUUCUUUACGAGUGACAAUCCACGCACAGUAAGCCAUUUUACUAUUCUAUUUAUGCUUCAAUAGGCUCAUCAGUUGGUGAAAGUCCUGGAGGAAGCGAAACAGAAAGUCCCAAAGAAACUAGAAGACCUUGCCUCAUAUGUUAGCGGCGGUGGACGCAGUAGAUAUGGGGGCCAAAACGGAACCAAGGAAGUCCGUCGGUGGCGCAGGGCAUCUUCUAGUGAGUCAGAUUCCCAUAGGCGAUCCAGAUCAAAGUCAAAAAGGCGUUCAAGAUCUCGCUCGCCCCGACGAGCAAAAAAGACGUCACCGAAGCCCAGAGCCCGGAGUCGUAGCCGUUCUCAUUCUGUCAGUCGGUCUCGACAUCGUCAUCGGUCACGGGACUCCGCCUCGCCCGAGAAAUCUAAGUCCAAGAGAAAGCAUGCCCGUUCUCCCACGCCCGAAAAGAAGAAAGCCAGGAAGCAUUCACGGUCCGAGUCAAGCCGUUGUAGUAGUGUUUCUGUGAAAGCAAAACGACGACGUCAUUCCUCACACAAGUCGCCAACAGAACGAGCUCCAGCCACCCGUUCGGAGUCAUCACAGGGUCGUUCCGCUGCCAAAGGUAGUUCUGGACCCAGUUAUUCUGUUUACAAACUGCGUACUGAGCGGGAUGCCUCUGCUUCUAAGGCGGCCCGUCGGAGCGAUCGCUCCUCUCCAAAGGAGCAUAGUCGCCGUGACCGCUCGGUCUCGAAGGGUCGCCGCCGACGUAGUCGUUCUCAUUCCACCAGUAAAAAACAGCACACUCAUUCAAGUUCGAAGAAACGCAGUCCGCGGGAUCAUUCGUUUUCAAAGAAAUCCAGUCGACACGAUCGUUCUGUUUCUAAGGAAGCCGACCGUUCAGUAUCAAGGGAAGAUAUACGGCACGGCCGUUCUGCCUCGAGGGAAGGUGAUGUACGCAGUCGCUCUGCCUCGGAGAGUCCCCAGCGCAGUCGGUCUGUAUCGGAGGAAGCUAGCCACCUUAAUCGUUCCCUGUCAAACGAACGCGACUGGCCUGAACCUCUAAUUAUCCAUCACUCCUCCGGCUUAAACCACUCGAUGUCUGUUUCCGGUGACGAACGCCGUUCCAGUAGUGGUUCUCGUUCUCGUUCAUCCUCCGCGAUUAGGAGGAAACAUGUUAACGGAAUCCGGAGCCCCUCUGAGGAGUUUUAUCGUGACAGACAAUCAUCCGAAGAAUCGCCCAGGCGCAGUCGGGGCUCGUACGAAAGUCGUCGAUCAUCGGUAGUCAAUUCCUAA